AUGUUCAACAUUGUAACCAGGUUUCAAUAUGCUGCUAAUCAAGCAUUGUCAUCAUCGAUAAUAAUAGCAGGAAUCGUUAUCUUAUCUUCGCUAUUACAAUUAUAUUAUAAUAAUGCAUGGUCCUUGGAAACAACCUCAAUAGGUAAUAUCAAGCCUCAAGUACUGCUUAAACACUCAUUUAACUAUGGGUCAGUCAAUCGUAAACCUAAGGAGAAUUCUAGAAUACAAUUUGAUUUAGAGACAGACUUAUCUCCCUUGUUCAAUUGGAAUACAAAGCAAUUAUUUGUUUAUUUGACAGCCGAGUAUCCAGGUAAAAGUGAGGGAUCUUCGAAUAAGAUAACAUAUUGGGAUAAGAUCAUUACUUCAAAAGAGGAUGCAGUGUUACUGUUAAAGAACCAAAAGUCAAAGUAUUCAGUAUGGGAUAUCGAACCAUCGUUCAGAGAAAGGGAGGCAAUAGUGAAGCUUGAAUGGAAUCUUCAACCGCAUAUUGGUCCAUUAGUAUUUGGCGAAACAGAUAAUAUUUCAGGCUUCAAAUUUGCCGAGUAUGUAGAUAAGAGGAAACAACAGAAAUAG